AUGAAGUUGUCCGUGAUACUCGCAACUGCCGCUUUGGUUGCCGAGGCUACAUGUAGCGUGGCAACCAUUACCGGGUCCCCAUUGGAAAAGAGGGCAAGAAAGGUGAUUGUUAACCCAGAAUAUAAGAAGAUUCAAGAAGAAAAGGCCAUGAAGGAAGCAGGUAUAGAGCCCACUUCUACCGACGAUUCUCCUAGGCCAUGGAGGAGAACCAUUUAUGGAGACAAGGUUGAAAUUGUUACACCUACUGUUAUUGCUGGGGUUACCUUCUCUGCCAAACCUCCGAUUCAAACCAAUGGUAUGGAACCAUGGAUUUCACUUCAAAAGAAUGGAUUACCCAAGACAAUUAAACCUGAGUUAAAGAAUGGGAUUACCAAGAAACCAUCUCCUACAUAUGGUACUUACUUUGCAAUUGCCACUACUGUGACCUACAAUAAGGAACAAUUGAAAGCUCAUAACAUGGCAGAUGAUGAAGUGUUUACAGAAGUAGAUCAUAUUCCUGAAGAUACUACUUAUCAAUCUCUCAACCCACUUAUUAGAUGUACCCCUGAUAGAUACUUCAAAAAGGGGUUAGGUAAGGAUAUUGUAUCUGAACCAUUUUGUACUCCUCAAGAUAACCAAGUAUUAAAGAUGGAUCAAACUUAUUUCGUUUCUUGGUAUUCAAGAUUCUUUAGUGAUGAUGUUACCAACGUUAAGAUCCAUCUCGCUCUUGUUGAAGAAUCAGCUAGAUACAAGGGUAUGCGUAAGAGAUCCGAAGUAAUUGAGAAUGGAGGUAAAGUUAAGAAUGCUCUUUUUUCAUCUGAAUGGAUAAGUAAAGAUCAAGGUUAUUUACCAAUUACUAUUCUUGAAGAUUGGAUAGGUGCAAAUUAUUUCACAAAGAAAAUGUUGAUUUCUAUUCAAGCUGACAAUAUUGAAGAUGAAGAAUUUGAAUUACUUGAUAAGUAUGUCGUUGUUGAAAUUGCCAAAGGUACCAAGGUUGGUAAAGGACAACAUCAAGAUUUAAAGAAAUUGGAAGAAAAGCAAAGAGCUCUUGCUAUGGGAUAUGAGAUUGAAGAAAGUAUUUCUGAAAAAUGGAUGAUUAUGAUGGCCAUGCCCACUGCCGUAGCUAUUACAGCCUUGGUGAUGUACUUUUUCGUUAUGAUCAACAAGGGCAGUACUGAUUUAAGUUUCCUUCGUAAGAAACGUGCACUUGGUAAGGAUACCCAUAAUCGUCGUAUCUUGUUCAAAGGUAAGAAGAAAGGAGCAUACACUUCCUUGCCACAAUUCCAAAAAGAUAUCGAAUUAGAAGAUGUGGGGAAAAAGGAUUAA